AUGGUCGCCUCAGCCGCCACGCGCAACGUUGAUACCUACAUCCAUGUUGUGACAUCGCAAUCAAAGAAAGACAAAUAUACACAAGAGAUGGUCGAAGAUCAGAUGGAGGUGAUGAAUGAGGCUUAUGCUUCGAUGGGCUUCUCGUUCACCACCGCUGGCGUCGACUUCACAGUCCAGAGCUCUUGGGCUGCUGCCACACCUGGCAGUAAUGAAGAGAUCGACAUGAAGAAAGAGCUUCGGCAAGGGAGCUACGGCGACCUCAACCUCUAUUUUCUCAGUGAUCUUGGCGGAGGUCUUCUCGGCUUCUGUUACUUCCCUACCUCCAACCCAGAUGCGAACAUGCAAGUACUAGACGGCUGUAUCCAUCUAGCAGGCUCACUCCCUGGCGGAGAAGUGAACGGGUACAACGAGGGCAUGACGGCUGUUCACGAAUCUGGACACUGGUUUGGGCUUUACCACACUUUCGAAGGCAACAGCUGCAGUGGCUCCGGUGACCAAGUCGGCGACACGCCUAUUCAGUCGCAACCGACUUCAGGAUGCCCAGCUUCUCAGGACAGCUGUCCUGAUAGUCCCGGCACGGACAACAUCCACAACUAUAUGGAUUACUCUACUGACGAGUGCCUGACCGAAUUCACGUCUGGUCAAUCACAACGAGCAAGAUCUCUUUUCGACAGCUUUCGAGCCGGCAAAUAG